AUUACUGGCUAGCGAGCCGUGCGGACAGUUCGCCAAGGAGCUCUCGGGGACCAAGGCACCCCUGUGCUGAGGAUACAGGCGCACAGAGCCGCAAGCUAGGAGAGCCCUGCCCGGGAUAGCGGGGGGCUAAGGGGUGUCCACCUCCUCGCCGGCGGGAUGAGUCCGGGGCUGGCCAGCAUGAGUACCAGCCUGCUGCUUCUCUGCCUGCUCGCGCACGAAGCCAAGUCAGCAAGUGUCUCGCUGGCCCAGUAUCCAGAGGGGCCCCCGUUGAUCCCCGUAGCUUUGAGUCGCGGCACGGAGGACUCUGAGUUCUACCAACAUGAAGAUCAUCUUUGCAGAAAGUGCCCUGCAGGUUUCCAUGUUGAAAAGCACUGUGUUACUUCGAACACUAGCGGGAAGUGCUCUCAGUGUGAAGAAGGAGUCGAAUUUACAGAGUACCCCAAUGCACUUUCCAAAUGCCUGACUUGUCGUGUCUGCAGAAAAGAUGAGGUGCAGCUGAGUCGUUGCAACAGCAGUAAGAACACGCAGUGUACUUGCAAGAAUGGUACCUUCUGCUCUCCAGACCAUCCCUGUGAAAUAUGCCAGAGGUGCAGACUCAGGUGUCCUGAUGGAGACGUGCAGGUCAGUUCCUGCACACCACAAAGUGACAUCCAAUGUGUGCAUCCCACAGGCCCUCCUCCUGUGGCAGGUGGCAUUGCAGGCUGGACGGCAGUUUGGAUUGCAGCACUAGUCAUGAUCUUGAUCUUGCUUGCAGUCUUGUUGUGGUGCUGGUACAGUCGCAACUCAUCUUCUGGAGGUGAUUCAAGAAAGAUGUCCCCCAGCUUCAAGUUUUCCUUAACAAAGGCUCAUAUCCUGUCACCACUGAGGAACUGCACUCGAGGGAGGCUGGCAACUCAGGACAACAGGCGGAAUGAGCAGUUAGAUCAGGAAUCCCAGCAUGGGUUGCUGGCUGUGUCAGACCCUAAAGAAGCAGUAAGGAAGAAUAGCCAAUGUGAGACUACGGCUCUAUCUGCAGCAGACAGUGCCCCCAAGCAGGAGAGAAACCCAGCAUCUCAGAUGGCAAGCAGGAGGAAGAAACUGGUUCCAGGGAGAGGAAAGGACCCAAUAGAGACUUUGCGGUGCUCCUUCGACACCUUCACUCAAGAAGUGCCCUUCAAGGACUGGAGACGGUUUGGGAGAGCCCUCCUCCUCACAGAGAACGAGAUUGAGAUCGCAGAGAGGAGUGACAAGUACUCACAGGAGCCGCAUUACCAGAUGUUAUGCACCUGGCUGAACAAAGCAGGAGUAGGAGCUUCUGUUAACCAGCUACUGGAGACACUAGACAAGAUUGAUCUCAAGGGCGUCGCAGACAUUAUCUGCUCCAAGCUUAUUGGCCUUUAUGAAGAAGAAGAAUUAAACUGAGGAACAGGGUGGGAUGGCCUUGCUUCUCUCCAAGCCAGAACCAUAAAUGCCUCUGAAAUCCCAGAUAUACCGUGGGCUGCUCCUGAGUAAGGCAUCCUUGCUAGAUACCAGCUGGGCUGGGGGAGUUGGUUGUCUUCUAGAGACAAGAGCCUUGCAAGCCCUCUAGGAAGAGUGAUGCUGGAAAAGCUGUUGAACAAACCACAGGUUCUUCCUCUGAAUGACAGAAUCUAAGUUACUGUCAGACAUCCAGGCUGGGAUUUCCUUGUAACACUCUGUUGCAAAGACUCUGCUAAUACGUUAUUGUGGAGCACCACUGGAAUCUUACCCCGGUGGGUAUUGGCAUCGCCUGGCUCUUUCCAACUGCAGGGACUUGGCUAUUGGCAGCUGGAGGGAACUGCAACAGGCACAGCUGGCAUGUUUGUCAUUCAGGGCCACCUCUGAAAGCUCUGACUAAAUGUUAUACCUCCUGCUGCUGCUGCUGGAUGCUUUAGCCUUCUAGAAAACUUGACAAGCCUCAGCCAGCUGGCCAGGGCCUCUACCUCCAUCUGUGACGGGCAGGUUUUAAUUGGUUCCUGGGUCAUUUGAUACCCACUGUACAUCUUAGCUGUAGAUAUGGUCUAACCCUACCUCUAAAACAGGUAGGGUUAGACCAUCUAGUACCUAAAACCUGAGGACUUUACUGGAGUGAGGGGCAAAUAACUAUCUACCCUAUUGGUACUGAUACUGUGAUCCAGGGGUAUUGUCUGUUAGAAGAUGCCAAAUCCCAGCAGAGAGGAAUGAUGGCUCAGUGAUUAGAGCACUACAUGGGACUCGGGAGACCUGGGUUCACAUCCUUGCUCUGCCAGACUUCAUGUGGGACCUUGGUUGAGUCCUCUGUGCCUCCAUUCCCCUUCUGAGCAAUGGGGAUAAUAGCACUGCCCUACCUCACAAGGGGCUGUGAAGUUAAACAUGUGUUCCUCCCCUAUCAGAUGCACAAGGAUGCACUGUCCGGUCAUCAGUCCUAGUAUCUUUUGUACAUAGUUCAGGGACAAUUUUAUUGGCUGUUGGAAUUACCUGCAGUUACUGAGCUGGCUGAACCUGACCUAUCUGCAAGGGGCAACCAUCCAGCCCUCCUGCAGGCUGGUCUCUGCUAUCCACCUUGUUAGCAGGCCUCUGCUCAGCAUGCAGAUUGGACAGCAGUCACUUCCUCACCUCCAGCAUCUCAUGGAAAAGAUGGAGGCUAU